AUGAAUCCCAAGCUCCAGAAUCGUGAAUUCUGGGAAAGCCUCCAUGGAAAGGUCCCAGGUCUGCUGGACUGGAAAAUGAAUGAAGAGUUAAAGCUAGCGACCACCACUGACCAGCUCCCCAGAGAUACUGCCUUGGAACCUAAUUUAUGGAUGUGGGUGGAUCUCAACAUAGUAUGUCCUCCUCCUAAGAGGCAGGCUUCAAAGGAACCAGACCCUCCAUCCCCGAAAGAAGAAGAAAAUGCUUCUUGCUCAGAGGACAGCGUGCAGCUCCAGCCCUCCAUCAGCGAACAGCCCCAGGCCUCCACCAGUGAACAAGAGCUCACAGACGAGGAAGAAGAGAACACCUCCACAACUCUGCCAUCACUCCACAAAAAAGAACUCCGUCAAGGCUUUCGGAGACAUAGGAGCACCCAGAUGGGGGUCCGGUGGUCCAGGCCUCCCCUUAAUUAUUGCCACCUAAUUGCCCUAGCACUGAAAAACAGCCCUCCUGGAGGGCUCAACGUCCAGGAGAUCUACAACUUCACUCGAAAGCACUUCCCCUUUUUCCAGACUGCUCCAGAAGGAUGGAAAAACACCGUUCGCCACAACCUCUGCUUUCGAGGCAGUUUUGAGAAGGCCCCAGUGAGCCCAGAGGGGGAAACCAGUCGCCCUCGCUCCUACCGGUGGCGGCUCACCGAGGAAGGACACCGGCGCUUUUCCCAGGAGGCCAGGGCUUUGGAAGCUGCUCAGCUCCACAGCAUCCAAAAGUGUAUGAGUCAGCCAGAAAUGAUGUCUGUCCUCUUUGACCUCUGACCACUGGGACAAGUGGAGCUCCAAGGAUAAUCCAUGCCCAAAGUCCAGACUGCCUUUUACUUGCCAUCAAACUCCUCCUCACUGGCACUCACUAUCAUCUCUUCUUUGAAAGGAGAGAUUCUUGGUUGUGGGAGGUGGCAAGGGGGCCAUUUUUGUACAGUGUCCCAACUGCCACACGUUCUCCUUCAUUAAACUCACUAA